AUGCAGCUCUCCAAGAUCCUCGGCAUCUCGUCUCUCCUCGCGGCCGCCUCAGCAACGACAGUCAGCUACGACGUUGGCUACGACGACUCUGCACGGUCCCUGUCUGUUGUUGCAUGCAGCGAUGGCACCAACGGCCUCAUCUGGAAGUACGGCUGGCAAGUUCAAGGCGACAUCACAAGGUUUCCCUACAUAGGUGGUGCGGAGGCCGUUGGCGGCUGGAACUCGCCCAACUGCGGCACGUGCUGGUCCGCGACAUACAACGGCAAGACAAUCUACAUUCUGGCCAUCGACCGGUCCGCACAUGGUCUCAACAUUGGUCUCAAUGCGAUGAACGAUUUGACAGACGGCCACGCCGUUCAGCUGGGCCGUGUCGAGGCCAGUGUACAACAAGUCCCCCUCAGCAACUGCGGGCUCUGA